AUGGUCCGAAGAACACAUAAAAAGUCUCGAAAUGGCUGUAUUGAAUGCAAGCGCCGUCACAUGAAGUGUGAUGAACAACGACCAAUAUGCUCCAAUUGUAUCAGCUCACAGCGACAUUGUGAAUUUUUAGAGGCUGUUCCCAUCGAGCAGUCCUCUCGCAGCGUUAGAAGUGAAACUGCCACGGCAUCAUCUGCCGUUGGAUCACCAGCCGUGACCUCCUCACCCGGCCAAGAACCCAACAAUAGUCCCGAAGAUGCUCCCGUUAAUAUGCUCCACGUGGAGCUUGUUCACAAUCUCUCUUCAGAAACAAUGGCCACACUCAAUAGUCCGAAUAAUUUCUCUGGUAUUUCAUUCCAGCAAAUACUGCGGUAUGGCCUCAGUGCUCCCUAUCUCAUGAACGAGCUUCUAUCUCUGAGUGCUUUGCAUCUUAGCAUCACCAGACCCGAACAGCGGAGUUUAUACCGACACCAUUCUACUCAGCUUCAGAAUUAUGCGCUGAGCUCAUUCAAAAACUUUUCAACACAAAUCAAUGACGAAAAUUACGUUUCAAUCUUUUUAUUCGCUGGUAUUCUCGGGAUGCACAUGCUCUGCGAGACACUAGUAUAUCGAGAGAAUGACUUUGAGAGCUUUCUUGACCAGUUUGUUCAGUACACUGUACUCCAUCAUGGGGUCCGCACUAUCGCAGGCGGGGGAAGAUGGCAACUUUUGCAACAAACAGAAUUAAAACCCCUCUUGGAGCUUGGAGAAAGGAUGCCUUCGGCGGAUGCAAGUCUGGGUUCUGUUUGCCAGGUGCUUUUGGAUCGUAUCAAAGGUCUUGGUCACGAUGAAAAUAUUGAAAAGACAUACCAACAGGCUAUCCAGGCGUUGCAGUCAGCCAUUACUGUGGUUGACAGACAAAUCCCAGGGUCCAACUGCCUAGAUGUUCUUAUUGCAUGGCCAGUGCUUGUUCCUCGCGAAUACAUUGAUCUGGUUGCGCAGAGGAAGGGUGAGGCGUUGGUUAUAUUGGCGCAUUUUGGCGCCCUGGUUGAUACCCACAAACACUCAUGGAUAUUCUGUGAUGGUGGAAAGUAUCUGGUUGAAUCAAUCAGCCAGUAUCUUGGGCCCCAGUGGGAAGAAUGGCUUCAUUGGCCACAACAAUCCCUGGUAGUGACAAACUCUGUACAAUAG